AAAGACUUUCUUAGGGUUUUGUGUGAGAUCGCUUCUUCUCAUCUCAUCUCAUAAUCGUCUUUCUUCUUCUAAAUUUCUAUCGACAAGCCUGUGUUUGUUUUAAUAUAUAGUUCUUAAUUAGUGAGAGCCAUGGAGAUUGCUACGACAACGAACGCUUUGCAUUUGUUUCCUAAGGAUCAGAGAUACAAAACCAAAGGCGUCAGGUACAAUAAUCUAAUCGAUUUCUCAAACGUCUCCAUGUUACCCGUAAACGCUAAGAUAGACUUAGACGACCCACAAAUUCUGAGUCGAACCAGAAGUGAUGGCAGGGUAAAGUACGACGACGUUGUGGCGGCUUCCAAGAAACGCCAAAAUUCCGGCGAAGAAAAACCAUUGAAGAAGAGACAAAAGAAGAUCACCGAAGAAGUGGAGUCAACUACUAAGGCGAAAUCUAUUAGGAAAUUGACACCGAGUCUUCACAAAACACUAUCCGAGUCAAAGCAAGAGACGAAGAGGAAAGUUACCAAAUCAGUGGAUGUGAAGGCCUGUACAACAACAAAGGUUACUAAACCGGAGAAAUCAAUUACAACUUGUUCGAAAGACUGUCUUCACGAAACAGAGACAAAGAAGCCUAAUGGGAUUGAUUUGAGAAACUUGAUCGCAAAGGCGCAAGAUAAAAUCCAAAACAAACGGCAGAUCGACCAUAAAAGAGAUGACAUCACAAGGCAGAGAAUAGCUGCACGCUUAGCUCUAAAUCAAAUUGUAGCAACCGUUAGUUUUGACGAUCAUCUCAACUAUCACAGAGAACUGGAACAGCUUGGCCACACAUUCAUUCAAGAGCAAGUUGAUCACUUGAGCAUGUUCAAUUUAUGGUCAAGAAGCGACUACAAUGGUAUCAAUAACUCUGUCUUGGAAAAGAACAAAGCGCCAUGGCCUGAUGAAGAUUCAACGAGAAAGAAACAUCGUCAGAGCUCAACAAAAGGAAAUAGUAUGGAGCAACAUUCCCUGCAGAUACAAAGCAUGGCGAAUCAGCUGAGAGCGGAAAUCAGAGUCAUAGCUCAACAAAUGUAUAAUCCAGUGAUAAUUUAGAUAGAGUCCGAGUACAGUUUUGUGUUUAAUUUGUGUGAGUGUGCUCACUGUAACAGAACAUGUUUGGUAUUUACGGCAAAGUUUGAGAAUAAUUCUGUCUACAUUAUUUGUAAAAUGUCUUGCUUUCUUGUUUUCAUAUCAUCAAUAGAAAGAGUUGUAAAAG